CAGGGCCAUGAGCUCCUGGGCAGUUUCUUGGUUCCGUCGAAGUGACCGUCUGGGCUGCUUCUGAGAGGUCAACUUGACUGGCAUCAAGGUCAGCCCUGCCCAAGCCGUUCGAUUCUACUGGAGACGAGAUGGGGGUCAACCAGUCCGUGGGCUUUCCGCCUGUCACAGGACCCCACCUGGUGGGCUGCGGGGAUGUGAUGGAGGGCCAGGGUCCCCAGGGGAGCUUCUUCCGACUCUUCUACCCCUGCCAGGAGUCAGAGGAGACCAUGGAGCAGCCCCUGUGGAUUCCCCGCUACGAGUACUGCGCUGGCCUGGCCGAUUACCUGCAGUUUAAUAAGCGCUGGGGGGGGUUGCUCUUCAACAUGGCUGUGGGAUCUUGUCGCCUGCCUGUUAGCUGGAAUGGCCCCUUUAAGACAAAGGACUCUGGAUACCCUUUGAUCAUCUUCUCCCAUGGCCUGGGAGCCUUCAGGACACUAUAUUCAGCCUUCUGCAUGGAGCUGGCCUCCCACGGCUUUGUGGUGGCUGUGCCAGAGCACAGGGAUGGGUCAGCUGCCACCACCUGUAUCUGCAAGCAGGUCCCAGAAGAGAAGCAGCCCUCGAAUGAGUUGCUGGAGGAGGAAUGGAUUCCCUACCGCCCAAUUAAGGAAGGGGAGAAGGAAUUUUGUGUUCGGAAUUGCCAGGUGUAUCAGCGGGUAAAUGAGUGUACUCGAGUGUUGAAGAUCCUGCAAAAGGUCACUGCUGGGCAGACUGUCCUCAACAUCUUGCCUGGUGGGUUGGAUCUGAUGACCUUGAAGGGCAGCAUCGACAUGAGCUGUGUGGCUGUGAUGGGACAUUCAUUUGGAGGGGCCACAGCUAUUCUGGCUUUGGCCAAGGAGACCCAAUUUCGGUGUGCUGUGGCACUGGAUGCUUGGAUGUUCCCUCUGGAACGUGACUUUUACCCGAAGGCCCGAGGCCCUGUAUUCUUCAUCAAUGCUGAGAAAUUCCAGACAGUGGAGAGUGUCAACUUGAUGAAGAAGAUGUGUGCCCAGCAUGAACAGUCCAGGAUCAUCACUGUCCUACCAGUCAGAUUUGGGAUCAUUGUGACCCCUGGAGGAAAAGGCGGUGAGAGCAGUUGGAAAUGGGCACACAAGGGGGAUUUAACUACUGUUCUGAAGACAGGAGCUGACAUGUUUUAUGAAUGUUCGGAAGUCACCAGUGGUUCUGUUCAUCGGAGUCAAACUGACUUUGCUUUUGUGUCUGGGAACUGGAUUGGUAAAUUCUUCUCCAGUCAAAACCGUGGGACCUUGGACCCCUAUGAAGGUCAAGAGAUUGUGGUGCGGGCCAUGUUGGCCUUUCUGCAGAAGCACCUUGGCCUGAAAGAGAACUAUGACCAAUGGAACAACCUCAUCGAAGGCAUUGGACCAUCGCUCACCCCCGGGGCCCCGCACCAUCUGUCUAGCCUCUAGACACAACUGGACUGAAUUCUCAUUUGGGGUCUGCCCAUAACCUCCUAUUAGGAAGUGGUCAACAGCCCUUCUUCACAGAUCCAAAGGAUGUAAUCACACUGCUGAUUGGAUGACGGGGUACUUUGAUCUUAGACUUGUUGAUCUUAAAUUCGUGGUGGGACUUGGAUCACUUACUGAUUGGCACACUGACUUUCUGGGGCCUGAGCCCUGAUGGUGUGGAGUUGGAGCAGUUGGGGUAGGGCUGGGGAGCACUCAGGCCCUAAGCUGAGCACUGUGAGCACUAUUAACCCAGCAAGCCUUCGCCCUCACCUUGGGCCAGGGUGGCUUCUGCAGUGAAAGAAAUGAAGCCAAAGGAUGGAGUGAAUAUUCCUACCUUCAGGACCUUUAGCCAACCUGGCCCUCUCUCUUCAUACCUCUCUCAGCCUUCUCCCUCUCCAGGGCCACUUGGUGAGUUCUCAGCACUUUGGUAACUUUCUGGGAUAUGGACCACCGUCAGGUUUUCUGUAUUUUCGAGCCUUCUCCUGCAUGAAACUUAGUCCUGGGCACUUAGGACUAAGUUAUCCUUGUGAGCCUAUGGAGGAGGGCAGACAGCAUCGCCCUCACAGCACAGGGCGAGAUGCGGAGCCUCAGAAGCUCUGGAUGUCUUGGGGUUUUGCUAAAAAUGUAUCUUGACACAAGUAGGUUGAGUUGGAGAAUAACAGUGUUAAGUAGCCAUUUGAACAGGCCCUUGCCACAGAGGGAUGUAGUUUGGUAGCUAGAGUUCAGGUGGCCAACCCUAGAAAGGUUACGAACACUUUGGUCUUGCCUCUUACCUCAGGUAUCGUGGGCCUCCACCUUGCUCAGACCGGGGUGCUAUAAGUUGUCUGUUUUCUGGCUCUGAGGCCCUAGCCCCAGAUUUAAGUCAGGAUAUAGGUUGAAUUUUUAUUCCGUUCCAUUUAUAUAAUAUGAAUGAUCUUAAUACUCAUGUUUGCCUAAUGAUAUGUUGGGAUAUUCUUUACUUAAUCUGCAUUAGAGCAAGAUGGGGAGCCAUCUGGAAGUAACUUUUCCUUCUGUCUUUCUUUGUUCGCUUACCACUUGUGACCACGCGGAAAAAAAAAAACUUAACUUUAAAAGGAAAUGAAGUCUUCCUGGGGAAUCUAGUUCAAAGCUGUCUGGGAAGAUCAACCCGAAAGACCCCUCUCCACUACCCUAGACCUCUUACCUCAGUUCAAGUAGGGGACCCCAGAGGAGCAGGAACUAAAGGGACAUGCAUCUCUGCGCAGCAGGUCCAAGGUCAGUGCCUCCACCACACGCUGGGACGAGGUCUCCCACCUCUUACCAGUUGCUCUAAGAGGUGAAACAUCAGAUCAGUGGAGGCUCUGAACCGUGGGAGGAUCUAUGAAUUCCAGUGAGACGUAGCGUAAAGAGAAUAUCACUAAAGCCUUGGCUCUAGAGUUCUAUAGGCUGGUUUUGAGUCCUGGUUUCACCAUGACCAACUGGGUAAAUUUGAGCAAAUGAUGUUCUCCUUCCACUCUCGGUUCCUGCAUUUCUAAGAUGCAUUAUGAUAGGAGGGUUAACUGAGAGGAUGUAUAUGCGUAUGGAUUAUUUAAAAGUAUGUAUCCUAUUUUCCAAAUAUACAAGAUUUUUUCCAGUUA